CACCGGACCCUGCCUUGAACUUAGGAUCCAUAGAAGAGCUGGAGGCAGGAGAAUGGGGUGUUCCCUGCUGUCCAGCUUCAGACCCACUCUUUGAGACCCUGGGUUUUGACAAGUUUUCAGAACUGAGAAGACACCCAGAUGUCCAGGUUUGAAGGUUUGUGGAUAUCUCUUGGCUGUGCUUCAUGGAGAAAUCUUCCCUGAUCAUCCCUCUGAAUCCCAGAACAGCCCCCAUCUUUCAGUGGACGGAAUGAGAGGCUUUCUGUAACCCGGCCUAACUGGCCAGCAUGGGGAAAUUGAUCCGGAUGGGGACACAGGAGAGGCCAUUACUCCGGCCAAAACGGCUUCGAUGGAGUCGCUUCCUCUUCCUCCUGGGAAUGUUGAUCAUUGGUUCCACCUACCAACACCUGAGGAGCCCCCGGGGCCUCCCCUCACUGUGGGCAGCAGUGUCUUCCCAACACCCUGUUAAACUGGCCAGCCGGGACCUUCCCACUGAGAUGGUGACAGGGAGCAGUGACCCUCCAAAAGCUAGCUCUGAAAUGGAGGGUGAGACACUGGCACCCCAAGCCACAAUGGGCAAGGAGGAAGUAACACCCGACAUAACAAUCGAGAACACCCCCAAUACACCCAGAACAACAGCCAACACCUCUCCAACAAUACCUAAGAACAACUACAGCCCACCAGCAGCAGGUUCAGAAAGAGUAAAGGGGAACACCCCAAUCACACCAAGUAGGGUACUGAGUCAGUACACUUCAACUGCAAGCAGAUCAACAGCAAAGAAUUAUACCCCAACAACACCCAGCGAAGAAAUGAGGCGCUACCACCCAACUCAAGCCAGGGGAAAAGUGAAAAAAUACACCCCAUCUCCACAUGGUAGAGUAGUAAACACUGCCCCGUCCACAUUCAUAACAAUGGCAAGAAACCAUGGGAUCACCCCCAGGACAACAGUGCAAGACAGUGAAACUGUGGCAACCUACAAAACAAUGGAGACCAGCCCCUCCAAGCAAACAGUGGAGGAAACCACCCCAACUACUCUCAAGGGAAUAAUUGGUAACAUCCCGACGUUUCUGAUAAAUGACAUAGAGACAAACAUCUUGACUUCUCCUAGGAGUGUGGCGGAAAAGAGCACUCUGACUACCCCCAGAAGAAUGGACAGUAACAGCUCACCCAACCCUCGGGGGUUAGUGGGAAAGGACAACCUGACGACUUCCCAGGGACUGGCUUUAGAGCACACUGCAGCCACCUCUGAGGGGCAGGUGGUGAUUAGCACCACGACGGGAAGCGGCCCAGCAGCAACCAAAGCCUCUACUGCUGCUUGGACGGUUAGGAACCCCUCGUUCAAAACCACUGCAUCGACCAUGGCAAUAUCCUUAACCACCUCCUGGGGGCUGGCGAAGAAACCUUCCACGGCACGGAGCACCUCAGCAGCCCCCAGCCCCAAGGCAGAUCCGACCACCCAGGUUCGUCACUGUGUAGUUGUGGAGCCAGCUCCAGCCAUGCCCACGCCCCCGGCCCCCAGCCUGACAACUGGCCUGCUCCCAGAGGCGCCCAGUCCCAGUCCCUCAGUGCUGCCCCCUAGCCAGCCAGACCACCACCCCAAGGCAGAGUACCCCCCAGACCUGUUCAGCUUGGAGGAGCGGCGGCAGGGCUGGGUGGUCCUGCACAUCUUUGGCAUGAUGUACGUGUUUGUGGCCUUGGCCAUCGUGUGCGAUGAGUACUUUGUCCCAGCCCUGGGUGUCAUCACAGACAAGCUGCAGAUCUCUGAGGACGUAGCAGGUGCCACAUUCAUGGCUGCCGGAGGCUCUGCCCCCGAGCUCUUCACCUCCCUCAUCGGCGUCUUCAUCUCCCACAGCAAUGUGGGCAUCGGCACCAUUGUGGGCUCCGCCGUGUUCAACAUCCUCUUUGUCAUCGGCACCUGUGCCCUCUUCUCUCGGGAGAUCCUCAACCUCACCUGGUGGCCCUUGUUCCGUGACGUCUCCUUCUACAUCCUUGACCUGAUGAUGCUCAUUCUCUUCUUCCUGGACAGCCUCAUUGUCUGGUGGGAGAGCCUGCUGCUGUUGCUGGCCUAUGCCUUCUAUGUGUUCACCAUGAAGUGGAACAAGAAGCUGGAGCUCUGGAUGAAGGAGCAGCUCAGCAGGAGGCCAGUGGCCAAGGUCAUGGCUCUAGGGGACUUCAGCAAGCCAGGUGAUGGGGCGGUUGCGGAGGAUGAGCUACAGGAUAACAAGAAGUUGAAGCUCACCUCCGUGCUGACCCGAGGGAGCAGCUCAGCCUCUCUGCACAACAGCACCAUCCGCAGCACCAUCUACUGGCUCAUGCUUCACAGCCUGGACCUGGGGGAAGCCCACUCCUCCAAGAACAAGGAUGAGGAGAGCUUGAAUCAGGAGGCCAAGGCCGAGCCUCAGGCCAAAGCAGAGAGCAAACCAGAAGAGGAGGAGCCAGCCAAGCCCCCUGCAGUCACGGUCACACCAGCCCCUGCUCCAGAUGUCCAGGGCGACCAGCAGGCGGAUCCUGGCAGUCAGGGUGGAGCUGCAGCUGGAGCUGGGAGCACAGGCGAGAUGACCGGUGGAGGGGGCGAGGCUCCUGGUAAGGGCCAAGGUGGACAGCAGAGUGCAGGGGAGCCUCAGCCGGAAGGUGAAAGCGAAACUGAAACAAAAGGAAAAGGAGAUAAUGAAGGUGAAGGUGAAGUCCAAACAGAAGGAGAGGAUGGCGAGGUGGGAGGUGAAGAAACCGAAGAGCAGGAAGCGAACGCUGAACGUCAAGGCGAAGCCGAAAGUGAUGGGAAAGGUGCAGAUGGCGAAGGGGGAGGAGAUGGCAGCGAUGGCGAAGAUGAGGUCCAAGCAGAACCAAAAGAAAAUGGUGACGGUGAAGGUGACCUCCCAGCAGAAGAAGAAGAUGGCAAAGUGAAAGGUGAUGAAGGUGGAACUGAAGAGCAGGAAGCCAAUGCUGAACACCAAGGCGAAGCCAAAAGUGAUGAGAAAGGUACAGAUGGUGAAGGAGGAGGUGACAGUGAAGAUGAGGAAGAAGAAGAGGAUGAGGACGAGGAUGAGGAUGAGGAAGAAGAGGAAGAGGAAGAAAACGAGGAGCCUUUGUCCCUGGAGUGGCCUGAGACUCCGCAGAAGCAGGCCAUUUACCUCUUCCUCCUGCCCAUUGUGUUCCCGCUGUGGCUGACGGUGCCCGACGUCCGGAGGCCGGAGUCUAGGAAGUUUUUUGUUAUCACCUUCCUGGGAUCCAUCGUGUGGAUAGCCACGUUCUCAUACCUCAUGGUGUGGUGGGCUCACCAGGUCGGCGAAACAAUAGGGAUUUCUGAAGAGAUUAUGGGUUUGACGAUCCUGGCAGCAGGCACCUCAAUCCCUGACCUCAUCACCAGUGUGAUUGUUGCUCGGAAAGGCCUGGGGGACAUGGCUGUGUCCAGCUCUGUGGGCAGUAACAUAUUUGAUAUCACCGUGGGCCUGCCUGUUCCCUGGUUGCUUUUCUCCCUCAUCAAUGGACUGCAGCCCGUCCCAGUCAGCAGCAAUGGCUUGUUUUGUGCAAUCGUUCUGCUCUUUCUCAUGCUGCUGUUUGUGAUCUCUUCAAUUGCAUCAUGCAAAUGGAGAAUGAACAAGAUCCUGGGCUUCACAAUGUUCCUCCUUUACUUUGUGUUCCUGGUCAUCAGUGUGAUGUUAGAAGAUCGAAUUAUAGCCUGUCCUGUGUCUAUCUGAGUCAGUCACUGUUGCUCAAAGUGGACAAGGGCCAGAAAACCACGCCAGCAGUCACCAAACCUCU